ACAAAUGAAGUAUAUACAGCUUAGUUUAGAUCUUUUUUACAGUCAGGUACUAAAUCAUCAUUAGUCAAGAUGUCUUCAGCACCUGAGCCUCCAGCCUUUAAAAAGGAGCCGCCCAAGGAGAAAGACGUGGGGAACCCAGGCCUCAGAGGUGUCCGCACCACAACCUUAUUUCGAGCUGUGAAUCCAGAGCUGUUCAUUAAACCUAACAAACCUGUAAUGGCUUUCGGAUUGAUAACCCUUUCACUUUGUGUGGCUUACAUCGGUUAUCUACAUGCGACACAGGAGAAUAAGAAGGACCUCUAUGAAGCUAUUGAUAGUGAGGGACACAGUUAUAUGAGGAGGAAAACAUCUAAGUGGGAUUAACAGUGCUGGUUACUGCAGAUGGAGCUUUUCUAGGGGCUCUGAAAUCUUCAGCUGAAGAUUAGCACUGCACAGUAUCUUGUUUCUUGUUCCAGAAGAUGCUACUGAAGAAGGAUGGCAGUUGCAGCCAGGCCACUGUAGUGAAUGUUGUCCUUUCAAAAUUGUAGCACCAUGUUCCUCUUCCACAGAAAGAGAUGCUCAAUAUGUUUCUUUGACUAAAUCCUCUUAUAAAAGUGCCAUGAGAAUGGAAGUCAUUUUUGUGAAUUUUUAAGUUCUAUAUAAUAAAAAGUACCAAUGCUCU